AUGGCCAUCCUGGCAGACUUCAUGCUUGUCUGGCUGCCAGCACCCACCCUCGCGCUCGCGCAGAGACAGGCGUCCCGCUUCGACCCCUUCGGCCGUUUUUUUGAAGGCGUCCCAGACAAUGCGUUCCAGGUCGUGCAGCCGGGGAUGGCGCCGUUCUCCCUGGGGCAGCGCUUCAAGGCGCCGCUGCGCAACGGGCUGAAGCUCUUUGGGGUUGGGCUGGGCGCCAGCCUGGUGGGCGUCGUCGUGACUAACAGCCUCAUCAUUCUCAGGACACUCAUCGACACAGACUUCGUGCCACUGAACCAGCCGCAGGCGAGCGCCCCAACCCUCCAGCCACCCGCGCCCCGCGCCGCGGCCCUGCCCAUGCUGCGGGGCCUGCUGUUUGCCCCUAGCGUGUUUGCUACCAGCCUGGCGUACGGGGUCUACAUGGCCACCUCUUCCAACAUUAGAUAUCAGAUCCUGGCGGGCCUCAUCGAGGAGCGCGGCAUAGAGGAGUGGUUCAAGGGCAACUACCGGCUGUGCGCUGCGCUGUCCUUCGUCUUCCGCACCUCCAAUACCUUCAUAGGUUCGCUGCUGUGGGUCGACUUUGUGCGCCUGCUGGGCAUGCAGACGGCGAACGGCCAUUGA